AUGGCCUCUGAGAGUUCCAGUGUUGCUGCGGACAUCGCAGCCGCUCUUCUUCCCCUUGUUCGCGCUCUUCUCCAAGAGGUGUCAGAACAGCUUCGAGUAGGCAACUUAAAGGGCACCCUUCGGCGGGUCGGAGCUCUAGGACACAGCAACAGCAUACCCGUUCAAGAUGGAAUUUCGAGAGACCGAGCGGUUGACUCUGGGGAGGCACCGGGACCCGGCGUAUCGAGGAAGCGGCAGAAGAACGGCUCUGUUUCCCUCGCGAAGUCAAGUGACGAGAGCGCGCCGUACCCUCCGGAUGCAGAGACGGUCCAAACGCGUACGAUGAAACGGGCGUCGGUAGACUCUGGAGGCGCUAUCCCUUCGGGUGAGUCUUCUGACACAAGCACCGGGGCGCGAUCUCUCACCUCUCGAGACUCGGUUUUCGGCAGACUACCUGAAGAUGUCAAGCUUUACACGCAUCGUUGUCGCGCACGCCUGCAUGCGCUGAUGAAACUGUUGGAGUCAGGGGGGUCUACGUUCCCCUGCGAGAACUCUGGAGGCCCGUCGCCAUUUUUGUCCGAUUCGUUGUCCACCUCUAUCGAAACGGAAUUCCUCUCCUGUUUACGCGACCUCCUUGUCAGCCCAGUAACUUCUGAAGCGGCCGUCCGCCACUGCCCACGGCUGUCGACGGUCACCGCUGCUUCUCUGCUUCUCUCCAGUUCGACGUUCCGACGAAAUGUAUGCCUCGGCAGCCGAAGAGUUUCGGCUUCUGGAACAAAUGCGCAGGCGCAGAAGCUUACUCCUCGCCCACCCAGUCAUUCUCCUCAACACUCCGGAGGUUCUAAACCGACUGAGCCAACUUUCGAAUGCAUGGAGAUGUCGCUCGGGAUGCCGCACGAGCCUGCCGCUGCUUCCGCGGAUUCUACGGGUCCCUAUAGUUCUCAAGGCGAGGACGAAACUUUGCAGGGAACUCGCUCGGCUUGCCUUUGCAUCCUAGCUGGUCGCUUGCUUUCCGAUCGCCUGUUGGGUAGCGUUGCAUCUGAGUAUGUCGGACAUACGCUUUUAGUUGCAUCUACAACAGUUUUGAAGGGCGGAGAGCCCUCAGAGAAUGAAAGGGGCAAACGGAAUGGAGCGCCGAAGCGACGUUCAUCGGCGGAUUCGUCGUACGUCGCGGAUCCAGAUGAUGCGAUCAGGAAACUCCUGAAUUCUUUCCGCCUUCGCCCGCACGAGAAAACCGGGGAGGCGGGGCAAGCUCGUGUUGUCCGCGCAAGGAGCGAAGGAGGCACCUCUGGACCAGAUGCAGGACAUUGCUCAACCUCAAGCGAGAGCAAGAGCACAGUAACAGGCAGCAGCCGUCACGACUCGCUGGAUGGCUCUCUGACAGACGAGGAGUAUUUCUGGGCUAGCCAGUGCCUAAUUGUCCUCAGGAGGUUUCUUUUAGGUCGCGACUGUCACAACGAAACUUCGGGGAAUCGUACCUCCACUGCGGAUGAAACAAAAACACAGGAACCAACGACUUUCAAGGGAGGCAAGGCCACGAGCCAGACAAGCAGUAUAAGGGAGCAGCUGCGUUUGUCGCCUGUUCUCUUUGAAGUCUGCCUAGUUCUGCGGAGGUCGCAAGAUCCGUUGCUUGCUUUUUUGGCUUCCCGCUGCCUCCUUUCAAUGCUGAAACUUAAGGACACGGGCCAUGUGAACCUUCGCCACUCUGGCAUUUUUUGUCAUAUAAAUGCGGGUGAAUCUGACGGCACCACCGCCAGCGAUCCUGGCUGCGAAUCGAGAAGUACGGAGUUGAAACGUUUCUUCAGGACCGAUAUUGACUCUUUCAGGGAGGCGGAGCUCUUCUUUGGAGUGACAGGCGACACCGUUCCAGGAUAUGACGGAGCAAGCAGUCUGCCGGUUCGGUGCGACUUCCCUUCGUUGACCUUUCUCUCCUCAUUCCUGGAAAGGAGGGCGCUUGCGCGCCUCCUUGUUCUUCGAAGAGCCGCCUCUCUUGCGGCAACAGGCUUCGCCAAUGUAACAGAGUUCACCUCCAAUUUCGAGAGUCUUUGGUAUUCCACGUUGUCUUUGACUUCCGAAAACGAUGACACGAGGAGCCACCAGUUGACGCCUCAAGUGGAACAGUCGAUCAGGAGAUUGUCAGCUAAUUCGCCUACGACAACAUUUUUACCCCUUGUGUCCACUGCCACAGCUCGACAGCUUGUUGAUAGAUUACGGUGUUGCUGCGUUGCUGGUCAAGAUGCGCAAGGGCGUUCGAGACCUGCGAUUCUCAUUCACGGACCCUCUGGAUCUGGGAAAACGUCUCUCAUUCGUUGGGUCGCGGAUAUUGUGGGGCAGGAGCAGCCGCCAGUGUCGUUUUUCUUGGAUGAUCAGACGGAUGCCAAGACUCUUAUCGGCUCCUGGGUGUGCAGCCGGGGGGGCGGGAGCCUCUUUACAUGGCAGGAUGGCCUGCUUACGCGCUGCAUAGCGGAAGGCCGUUGGUGCAUUUUCGAGCAAGUUCAAAGGCUGCCGAUCAAUGUGCUGACACUUCUGGCCAACGUUGCCACAGAAGGACGCCUGGUGAUCGACGAACAGCAUCGCGUAGUGCAGGCACACCCCCGGUUUGCUCUCUUCGCCACUAUUACGCCUACUGAGAUGGUGGGAACUGGCGGUCUCUCUGCAUUUCUGCAUGCUAUACGCUUCCCAAGCACAACAUCUAACCAGCUGCCGCCCACUGAGGGCUUGAAAGGAGACGGCAUCACGCCGUUGGAAGGGUCGUCUGCUGCAGAACGUGUUUGCUCGGCUCAGGCAUCUCGACAGACUAAACACGGCCUCCAACCAUCAUCCCUUGCAUGCACAGCUCAAGAUGGAGCAGCUGGUAGUCUCACAAAAGAUAAGAAGGUCCUGUUACAGCUCUUUCGGCCGGCGAUGGAAGCCCCUCCUUUGCUGAGGACAUGGAUCACGUUGCAUGUGCCGCAUCCGACGAAGGGCGACAUUCUUCGCAUUAUCGAAGAAUCGUUCCCGGCUGUGAAUCCGAUCGCUGCGCGGGUGGUCGCAGCAGUCCAAGCAUCGUGCUGUGGUACCGCGAGUGGCUUUUCAGGUGUGGCAAUGCCGAGUGUUGAAUACUCGACCACGGAGCGUCAAAGAGCCACAGAGUUCUACCGCGCCGCUGGGGGUCGGCUGCCUCAGCUGCGAGACCUCUUGAAGCUCUGUAGACGACUGGAGAACGAGGCAAAGACGAUUGCCCCAUCGACCAAGAGUGCCUUUUCUGGCAAGCAUUUGACGGAGGCCGUUCGGCUGCGAGUUCUCCGCGCAGCCGUCGGGACUCUCUUUUGCUGCAUAGGGAACGCGAAGGAUCGCCUUGAAGUUGCCACGCGCUUUGCAGCUGUGUGGCAACUGGACAGGAUCCUCGUUGCCUACCUCCUCGAGGAGGAGGUUCCAUCUGUGCAGCUGAAAUCAGAUCGUGUUGUCGUUGGGCCUUACACGCUGACGCGAAUGUCACACCAAGAGCACACCAAUUUGUUGACGCCGACUCGCAGCGCUCUAAACGCGACAGAGUCUCAGCUCGGCAACAUUUCUGUCUCCUCAACGCAGGAAUGCAUUGCCAGGACUGGCUCCAUGGGCUCCCCGUACUCUCCAACGCACUCGCAGCUUCGGCUCCUGCAGCACGUCGUCGGCGCUCUCGUUCACGGCGAGCCUCUGCUGUUGGUUGGGGACACAGGGUGUGGAAAGACAGCUCUUGUGUCAUACGUUGGGGCGCUGACUGGCCACGAACUCGUUGUCUACAACUUCAGCGAGCAAAGCGAGGCGGCAGAUCUCAUCGGAUCGUGGCGACCUGUUGAAGAUCCAGCACGCCACAUCAAGGAUGUGUGGCAAGAAUGCACUUCGCUGUUGCACACGCUGGCCAGAACACGCUCGAUGUUCGCUGAUUCUCAGGAGCGUCGGGGGACCGAAGAGAACUUCGAACGAGACGCAACUCAAAACGGGAGGAGGAAAAAGAAGAAGACAGUGGCGACACAGGCCGAUCAGGACAGCCGAGGGACAAAACAUGAAAAACAACCACAGCAUGACAAGCUGGAUGUACCACAAUUGCUGGUGAACGGCCAGCGCCUACUGCACCGCAGAGCAUUUCUCGCAGUCCUGGAACUCAUUCUGGCUGUGGCGAGAGCCGCAAAAGAUUCAGUUGAUGGAAACGGGACGGGAGUCACUGGCGAUGCUUCAGCUCGGGAAGGCGGGAAAUGGGAACGCGCGAAGGGACUAAAAUUGAAGGCGGAAGCAGAUGACAAGAGACACAGAACUGUUCAGAUGGACGGCGCUGCUCCCGAGGUUGCCCUGGCAGAACGCGGCGAUCAGCACGGCGAAGGCAGCAUCGCGGCUGUGACAGCAAUCAGGUGGCAGAGACUGGCGAAUCAAUGCGAGCGACUUCUCCGUGAUCCGCAGGUGGUCGCGGAAAGCGGGCCCACUCCUCCGUCGCUCGCCUCGUAUCUCAGUUCAGUGGGCCUCAAAACAGACGCAUCAGCCCUGGCCGGCACACCGACAUCAUCGCACGCGGUGACAAGCAACACAGGAGGCGGGAAAGCGAAUGGAAUGAGGUCCCCAAUUCGUUUUAGUCUUCGCGAAGGGCUGCUGGUCGAUGCAAUCCGAACGGGCAAGUGGCUGCUCCUGGACGAAAUAAAUCUGGCGCCAGCGGAUGUUUUGCAGCGUCUAUUGGGAAUUCUGGAUGAUCCUAAAGAACCGUUUUUGGUUCUGGAAGACAGCAGCAGGGCGCCUGUUCAGCCGCAUCCGAACUUUCGCCUUUUCGCGUGUAUGAAUCCACCGCGUCUGAGUACCAUGUCCAGUGCCUCUGGCACUUCUCCGGCUUCGCCCUGUAGAACUCGGUCUAUAACAGGGAAGGAGGGAUCCAUCAUCGACGGCCCGACAAGCGCUGCAACAGGCAAGAAGGAGCUCCCCUUCGAUUUCCGUAACCGGUUCACGGAGCUCUACGUGGACGAGAUCACGCUGCUGGAGGACGUGGUCGCCAUCGUCGACAGCUACCUAGUUCGUCUGGCGCCACAUCCGCCCUCUCGCUCACUUGCGCAGGUCUACCUCCAGCUCCGGAAGCUUGCGUCCGAGUAUCAGAUCGUGGACGGCUCUCGGCGACCGCCGUCAUUUUCCGUCCGCACACUUGUCCGGGCACUGAAACAUUGCGUCGCAGCAGUUCGCAGACCGGUGUCGCCGACUCCACUCCAUGUCGCCCUCUCGGAUGGUGUGUUGUCGGCCUUCGCUACACCACUCGCCGCGAGUAGCGUGAAGGUGGUCGAGGCGCUGUUGCAGUCCACACUGGGGAGCUCGGGCACUGGAAGUUCCGAGUCUCGGGCAGCGAAAUCAAAGGAAAAAGAUUCGAGUCUCGCUGGCCGCGCCGACGUGACCCUGGUCAUGUCCAGUGAUGGUGGCAAAGUCGAUUAUGUCAAGGUCGAGGGGUAUCUUAUCAAAGCUGGCCCGUUACCCAUCGAUAUCAACGCAGCUCACGAGCGCUAUGUCGUGACUCCAUCCGUUCGAGCGCAGCUCCGGACACUUGCUCGGCAUCUAUCCGGUAGCCGUUCGGCGCUUCUUCUAGAAGGACCAACAUCUGCGGGGAAAACGACAGUUGUGUCGUUCCUUGCUAAGCUGACAGGUCACGCGUUUUUGCGAAUCAAUAAUCAUGAGCACACAGAUGUCCAGGAGUACACGGGCCAGUACGUGUGCGGCGAGAAGGGGGAUAUCGUCUUCGAAGAGGGCCCGCUUGUCAAAGCGGCCAGGGAAGGUUCCUGGGUCGUAAUUGACGAGCUAAAUCUCGCGCCCAGCGAGGUACUCGAAGGCUUGAACCGUUUGCUGGAUGAUAACCGCGAACUGUUUAUCCCUGAGACGAACACCACAGUGAAGGCACAUGCAGACUUUCAGCUGUUUGCCACGCAAAACCCGUCUUGUUUGGGCCAGUACGGCGGUCGCAAGAAUUUGUCGAGGGCGUUCCGGAAUCGGUUCGUCGAGGUUUUCUUCACGGACUUCCCAUCCUCUGACCUCCUCGUCAUGCUCCAGCAUCGGUGUAAACUGCCGCUCUCUCGCGCGCAGGCUAUUCUACGUACCUACACGGAACUUGCGACAAAGCGUUCCCGCAGCUCUGUUUUCUCUGGAUCUCACAGUUUCAUGACAAUUCGCGACCUUCUUCGGUGGGGUCGGCGAGUCGGAAACUCCCCGGUCACUGCGACUGAUUCCGGCCCCGACAAGGAGCGAACCUGCGUAAAAGACAGCGUUGCGACUAUGCAAAGUCGUAGCAAAGGGCAACUCGCCUCUGAUGCGAAGAGGCCGUCGGAGGCGGCCGCCGCAGCUCACGCGUCGGCGCCGGCUCCUUCGUCGUUGGAGGAAGUGGCACUGGAAGGCUGGAUAUUGAUCGGGGAGCGACUGCGUAACCAAGACGAGCGAGAUGUGGUGCGGGAGGCCAUUGAGCGCCACUGCCUCAAGUCGACCGCCCGCCACCCGAAGCACCUCACCAUCGACUACACGGCGGAUCCCUAUGUUAAGCAAUUCCGCAAGCGUUUGGAGGAAAAAAUAGCAGAUGUUUUGUCGGCGUCUGAUUCGUCAGAGGGCUGCAUGCCAGCUAGGGAGCCGACGACAGCUUCAGAACAGACGCGUAGGGAGGAUGGGGCGGAACUGCCAAAUGCUGAAGCGGAUGGUAUGAAGCCAAGCAGUCCUCGAGGGCCGAGUAGAGGUGAAUCACGGCUGCCUCCGUGUCUACCCUUUGUUUUCACAGAGAGUUCGUGCCGCCUUCUGGCCCUUCUCCUUCGCUGUGUUUCGUUUGAUGAACCCGCGCUUCUAGUUGGAGAGACUGGUGGAGGGAAAACUGCAACGUGCGAGCUGGUAGCGUGGGUCGAGGGUCACGGGACCGGUGCGCCGGCGAACGGGAGUCAUGAACAUUUGCGGGAUACCUCGACAGGGACGAAAGACGAAGUCUGCCAGGCUGUACAGAUCCCGAAAAACGUUGACGACACGAAUUUGAUGAGUAUGUUCAACUGUUUUCUGCAAAUGGAAGCGGCAGAUCUGCUUGGUGGCAUGAAGCCAGUUGGUAGAGAGAGACUUCGACGCGCUGAGGAGGAUGAGCGACAGCAGAGGCGAUUCUUGAAACGCUUGUUGACGUUCACCAGCGACGAGGAAAUUUCAUGCGACAUUGAAGAGAAUCUGUGCUCACGCGUAUCGCCAUCGGAUCUCCCGGCAGCAUUCAAAGAGGCUGCUACCGCCCACACUGCUGACGCCAUGCGGUUCUUGGGUGGCUCAUCUAAAGCACUUGGUGCGGCCGUGACUGCAGCUGGCGGGGACUGGGUCAGAUGUGCAGAAAUGAUAUGCCGCGCAAUUAAGGCGGCACUCAAGCGUUCCUUGGCUAGCGGGACGAAGACGGUAAAUCGGAACGCUCUCUGCAAUUUGGACGCGCCUUCUCACCAGAAGAGAAGUCGAGAUUUUGAAAUAUCAACCCCCAACCCUACCGGGGGACAGGACAAGAAUGACCGCAGAGAAGACGUCAUUGCCAGGCAAGGUCACCAUACGGACAACAAGGAGGAAGAAGAUGCUGGCAACAUACAAAUAAACAAAAAACAGAAAAAGCCAAAACGGCGAAAAGAAAGAACAGAUGGGUAUGAGGUCAACUCGACCGAGGAAUUUGACAGCUCCCAACCGUCAGUGCCUCAGCACCCUUCGAAUGAUCAGAACUUGGCGGAUAAACAUGGAAACGUUGCUUUUGAAACGGACGGCGAUCGUGAAAAGUGUCUCGUCUACGUCGACGUCGUGAUGAAAGCUUGCACAAAGUGGCUGGCAGCAGUGCACAAGACGCAGCAGGUCUUUGAGUGGGAAGAUGGCCCGAUCAUAACAGCGAUGAAACAGGGCCAAAUGUUUCUGCUGGACGAAAUAUCUCUCGCUCAAGAUGCGGUGCUCGAGCGACUGAACUGUCUUCUGGAGGACUCGAGAGAAAUCGUGCUCAGCGAGAAAGGUGGAGAUGUUGAGAUUAUCAAGGCUGCUCCAGGUUUCAGGUUUUUCGCCACGAUGAACCCUGGGGGCGACUUUGGCAAGCGAGAACUGUCGCCGGCUCUCCGAAACAGGUUGACUGAAAUCUACGUUCCUUCCUUUGACUUUGAGUCUAAGGACGCCGUAGCCCUGGUGAACCGCCGGCUCGAAUCGACAGCGUGCGAGACCGUGAUCCGACAGCUUGUUCAAGUGGAGAUGCGCCCCAGUCCCGACAACAGCACUGUCGCGGAGAAACGGAUUCGCCAACACUCCAGUGGAAGCACGAAACCGACAGUUGACUCUUCUGGAGACUGUCGUGCAGAAGGCUGUUUGACGGCCUUGUCAUCGGCUGUACUCAAAGUGUUGGCAUGGUUUGGCCGCCAUGCUCAGCGGGGCACAUCGGUGCGUGACAUUUUAAGCUGGGUCUCUUUUAUGGACGCCUUUGUCAGUCAGCAGGCCCGACUCCUACACUCUUUGCACCGGGGACGGGAACUGGCCAUGCUACCCGUGGCGCAUGUCGAUCCGAAGAGUUCUUCCACCCGCCUGGUCACUCAAGCGUCGGCAUGGGCGUUGAUCGAGGGCUUUGUGCACGGCGGAUGCAUGACCCUGUUGGAUGGGCUUGGCGUUGGGAAUGACGUGCGUGUCAGUAGGAAUGAACUAGUGGAUUUAGAGGUGGCGCUGUUAGAUGGAGGCAAGCGUGACGGCGAGUUUGUGGCGCGCAACACCGUGGACGAAAGCCGAGAGUCUCAGCAGCUCAUCGAAAAACGCAUUCUUAGCCAGAACAACUACCAGCUGGCACAUCGGGCCAUCCUUGCGGUGCUGUUGGUAGAAGCAGCAAAGCUUCAGGCGUUCCUUGGCGUGACAGACGUUGAAGAAGUUGCUCCGCUGAGGAAGCUGAAGGAUGUCACACCGCCCGGGUUCAGAGGGACUUCCUCUCGAGAUGACACCACUGCUCUUUUGUCCUCGAUCGUCGCCCUUCGUCAAAGAGGCACUCUGACGCUGUCCUGGAAGCAGGUCAUCGAAACGUUUGGUGAAGACGGCUUUGAGUGGGCGAGACGGGCACUGCGAGACAUGGCUGAGAGAAACUCAUCCGAAGAACCGUUGCCCACUGGGGUGCCGAAGAAGUGGCUCAGCGGCCUCGCGGUUGGCCCGUUCCGGCUGCCAGGGAAGCAGAUCGACAAUCUGGAAACGUCUGCAAUCGACCAAAACUCUUCCUCGGGCCUUCCAGCUCAUGAGACCGGGAAAUCACGGCUAAAAUCCAGUGCUGAAGUUGCAGAACGGGCCGGCUUCGUCAUCAGAUCACCAGCAACUAUUGUGACACUGGGGAAACUUUUAAGAUGUCUUUUGUUGGUGCAAGGAGACGUUCAGGCGGCGCUGGAAGAUGACGGGGAGACUGCAGAGACUGAGGCGGGGCUGCGCCGUCCGGCGCGACGUUCCCCAACUGGUCGACACGCUGUGUUGCUAGAGGGACCUCCAGGAGCCGGGAAAACCUUCGCACUGGGAAUGCUUGCAGCACUCUGUGGACGCCGUCUUGUCCGCAUGAAUAUGAGUGAAGAUUCAGAGCUGAGCGAUUUAAUUGGCAUGUUCGUACCCGGCGGUUCUGAGGAAGAAGAACAAGAAGAGCCGACAGAACCAGCGGAAGUUGGCGACAGUGCGCCGAACCUUGUUCCUGGAAAAAAGGAUCCUUUCCGGGAGGGUGGGACGGAGUCGGAAGGCACACAAACAGACUCCUCUUCACGUUUCCGUUGGGUCGACGGGAUCUUGACGCGUGCCGUUCGGAGUGGAGACUGGAUUUUGCUCGACGAGAUCAAUCUGGCAAGUCAGGCGACGCUGGAGGGUCUGAACUCGCUUCUCGACCAUCGGCGUUGCCUGUUCCUUCCAUGCUCUCCUGUGCCUCUAAUUGCGCCACCAUCGUUUUGUCUGUUUGCGACGCAAAACCCUGCGGCAGCGCGAAUGGAGUCAGGAGAGGUGUGGGAAGCAGGGCAGAACAGCGCCAGCUCCGACGGGCGAGCAGAUGCGCUUGAAGACAGCAGCUUGGAUGCGGAGCUGAUGGGGCAGAAAAAAGGUGGCAAAACGCAUCCUGCUCCGCAGACCCGGGGAGUGAGCGGUCGGAAAGGUUUGCCGCAGUCGUUCUUGAAUCGAUUCUACAAGCUGUCUGUGGCCGACUUGGGACCGAGUGAUCUGAGGGCUAUCGCGUCGAACAUCCUCACACUCAGCCGGAGCAGCGCAGUUAACACACUGCACAGAAAGUCUGCACUUUUCUCGUCGUGCGUCGUUCAGUCGGUGCUGGCGCUUCGUCGAGUCUCGUGGGAAAAAGCGUUCCAUGGUCGAGAAGAGUGGGAGUGGAACGUUAGGGAUGUCGUCAAAGUGAUGCGAUUGAUUUCCGAGGGACUUCCUUCUCGGGACUUCCGUGUUGCCAUCGCCGUCACUCUCCUUUCACGGCUUCGCUGCAAGAAAGAUGUUGAUGCUGCAGCUGCCUGCCUCCAACACUGUUUUGAAAGGGUAGGGAUGUGUGGAGGCAAUCCACAGAAAACAGAAGACGAUUCAGCGCGGGCCGAGUAUGCACCGGGGGACAAGCCAUCAACUGGCGAACGGCUCGGAUGUUGGCAUUACUGGGGCCGUCAUUUUAUCAAGGAAGGAGGUGAGUCCCAGUCAAGAAUCGACUGCACGCCGUGUCAGCGCCUGCCACCCGGCUCGAGCGUUGGGUCUGCAGCCUCCAGAUCUUCCUGUUACAAGCGAUAUCUGGACUUCUUGCGUUUCGACGGCAGUGACGGCAAUCUUUGGAUCGGUGAAAUGGUUUUACCUGUGGAGGCGACCUCAUGCCAAAACGAAAAGGGCGGACAAUCUCGAUCGGAAGUGACUACCGGAGCAACGGUGCCUCGUGGUGCGGUCACGUCGAAUGACGACAUGGCAGUUCUUCUCGAUUCUCAGAGGAUGCUAAUCGGCGCCGUGGCUUGUGCGGUGAAAGCGAAGUGGCCUGUUCUACUCGUCGGCGACUCCGGAAGCGGAAAGUCGAGUGUUGUUCGAUGGCUGGCGAGCGCGCUUCGUGAGCCCUUAUGCGAGAUGCGGCUUUCUCCAACGAUGGACUCGUCGGAUCUCUUCGGCUCGUUCCAAAAUGCGGACGACUUCCGAGAGUUGCUGGAAAUCGCUGCGCAAGUUGAUUCUCUUGCCCUGAGCUAUAUUCAGAGGUGUGUCACUUUGCCAGAGCAAGCGUUAGGGGCUGCUGAUUUCGAGCAGAGCCUGAGCACGCUGCAGACAGGUCGUGCUAGACUGCAAUUCAUCAGGGGUUCCAGCGGGGCGACUGGACCUGACAACGCCGCUGGUGAUGACGGCGGAAACGCGCAGCACCAAGCAGGGAACGGAUUCGCGUCUCUGAGGGAGGCGUGCAGAAGCGUAUUGCGAAUUAUGGUGAAAGUGUCAGGCCUCGCUCCGAGAGGCCUUGUCUCAGACGGCCGUCAGCUCUCCCUAGAUCGCGGUAACUGUAUGGGAGAAAGUCUUCGAUUCUUGGGAGUGGAGGCGAAGCGUCUCAAUCGACGGCUCGUCAAGCUGGCGACAUCAGAGUCAAAGCAUUGUAGUGGGGGUGCGGAAGGAGCUUCACAACGGUUCAAGUGGCAGGACAGCCCAUUGGUGAUGGCUGUUGAGCGUGGGAGUUGGCUGCUUCUCCGCGACGCACACCUCUGUCCACCGGCGGUCUUAGACCGACUGAACGCCGUGCUAGAAGAGAAUGGCGAGCUGCUUCUCACUGAAUCAGGAAGACCUCGUCGGCUGCGCCCGCACCCUCGAUUUCGAAUUUUCUUGACAGCCGACACCGAACGAGCAAAAGCUCUUUCAAACGCACUCAGGAACCGUUGCCUGGAAGUCUUCGUUCAAUCAGCAGCAGGAGCCACCACGUACCAAAAGUCAGUUACGGACGUACAGGAGGACAAGGAUGUCGAGACUACAGCAUAUACUGGCACCAAUGACGCUGUCGAGUGCCUGACUGACUCCGUUGGCCACGAUCGCACUCAGGGGGGCCCACAUGUUGCCACGCUCAAACACUCACCGUCAAUACCCACGCAGCUUGGCAACGGCGUGACAGUGGCUUUCCAGAGGUUCGUGAGUGCCCUUCUUCGGUUCGAUGGAGGAGACAGAGCCCCGCGUACCCUCGAGUUUCUCACGGAAGUCAACGAACACACCCCAACCAAAGGUCUUCGCUCUACCGUACUGACGAGCUGCGCUGCAGCCUGGGUUCAACCUUUGCUGGACGAAAGUAUGACAUCCCCAUCCACCAGGUUCGCGACCGGCCCGAAUUUCAAGCCGGGUCAACAGGGGUCCGUGAUUGUCACUUUAAAACUUCUAGGAGCGUUUUUGGACUGGAAGAGAAUGCAGCACCGGGACGACAGCAUGCCGGUCGAGCUCUGCGAUGUGGCCGGACACAUGGACGCUAUCAGAAUCGCUGUUGCGGAGUUCGUUGGAUGCGACAACGAGACGUAUGCACUCGCGGCUGCUAUGGGGGGGACUCACGCUAGACUCGUUGGUCUCAUGGAGAAACUCGCAGGCAGUGAGUUUCAGAGGUUCAUGAAGCUGGCACGGCGGAUAUUCCUUUCCAGAUCGUCACGCACCAGCGACGGGUGCACGGGCGAGGGCGACUCUUUAGAAGCAGGAGAGACUGGAAACGUGGCGGAGGACGAAUGCCAAGCCACGGGUUCUGCAUCAAGGGAGGAUCAAUCCGUUCAGAGGGUUCUGCAGCAUCUGCGGGAAGGUUUUGCUGAACCACUACUUGCUGAAGGGCUACGAGGCCUGGCCGACAUGGCGCACCAUUCAAGUUUUGGGAGGAAGGCGCGAACACGGGUGACGUGGGGUUGUCUUCAGGGCUGGUGUCGAACGUACCUGUCGACUUGCCGAUUGGCAGAAGCGGACCAAGAGGAUCCCUGCAGCACUUCCACACUCGUUGCUGACGAUGGCUGCGACGGUCACGGGACUUCCAACCGCUUCGUGAACUGUGUCCAUUUUAGUCAACUGUUCACUUCGCUCUUGUGGAGGUAUGCGGAUGCCUUUGGCGGCAGUCCGUUGUGGAGUCUAAUUCUUUUGUUCCUUCUUCAAGCAUCUCUCGAGUCGCAGGCGUCCAGUUUUAGUCAUCGGGGUGACGUGCCCGGCAAUGAAGGACACGGCCAGAACACCGCUGUUUCUCAAAGCCGGGCCGCGCAGCAGCGAUCUCGUGCGGCCUUCCAAGCUGAUAGUCUCACUGGCAUCAUGCUUCCGGGUUCUUCACAGGACCUUCUCCAACCGGCCCUCCAGUUCCUCUGCACAACCUCCUCAGCCGCAGCGACUCUUGGUUACAUGCCAACUGGACCCGCGGCACAGAUUCGCACUGAGCUAGCACUGCUUUUGUCGAUCCUUCAAUCUCGACAUGACUUCCAGACACACGCCGCGACCCUAGGCGACCUCGCCAUCGCUCUGCAGAUGGUUGUCUCUCACACCGCUUCGGCAGAGGAACUGCUCCAGCGUAUUGCAUUUUUGUCAGGAGUCUGCGGCGCGCCCAAUGCGCCGCACGCGUGGACAAAGCCGGUACAUGGUGAAAGGCAGACCGGUACUGCUGCAUGCGGAGACGGGCCUAUGUCUCCUCAGACCCAAAGCUCGCGAGCCCGUGGAAAGCGGGAGCGCAGGGGCUGUGAAUCUGAGGCGCCACAGGACGAGACAAUCGCGGGAGCGGCUCUGUGCUCUUUAUCACCUCGCGUCGAUCCAUUAUCGCACGAGUACCUGCUCGCAUCUGUCGCCGCUCUGUCGGAAAAUGCCGAAACUGCAGGGAGUGCCUUCGUUGCAUUGUCUGCACUUCGUCAUCGUCUUCAAGGGGAUGAGAUUGCAGCCGGGCAGAGGAUAGUCAGUGGCCUUCCCCCAGUACUGGAUGCCUACAAAACACUCGCGAGCUGGAAUCUGUCGAACACCAGGGGAGCUCAAAGUGUCGAGUCUUGUCAAGAAACGCCUCGAACAAUCCCCAAAGCUUACGGCGGGCAACCGGCUGGCAAAUGCACCGAAAUUGAUCGAGGAAUGGGAUGGACACCGCCAAUCGCUGGCGGCGGCGACGAUGAGAUUGCUACAUCUCUAGAGGAAAUGCAUCUGCUUCGCAGCCUGUUGCAUGCUUUCGAAGCGGCUCUCCGCUCAGUGCUGUUGCCUGCUCGACUAGUCGCCUCUCGGCAACUUGUCAAAGCUAAGACGCGAGCGGAUCUCGAUGCGUGGGCAGCAAAAUUCCUCUCUCCCAGGAUUCAUGUUUCUUCCGGCAUGUCCGACAGAACAGGUGUCCAUGGGCGUAUUUCCGCAGUAGGAAUUGGCACAGACACUGACACAUCCCUGAGAAACCAGACACAGGUGGCAGAGCCCCCUGAACCAUAUGUUGGGGGUGUCGCCAACGGCACCUGCGCUUCAGGAGCUCGACGAGGAUCAGCCUUUUGCGUGCUGCUUUUGUCUCACAUGCAAGCGACCGGAAUACCCUUUCACUGGGAGACGAAACGAUAUUCUCAUCACGACGACGCGGAGAGGUUCUCUGGAUAUACAGAUGCUGUUUUCUCUCUGGUGACUCCAACGCUUCUCCUGUCGCUACACGAUGCACUUCUGCGAGCGUUUGACAACCUCGUUUCAGAAAUCCGCCAGCAGGUCUCACUAAAUCAUCGUCAGGGUUCUGCAGUCUCACCUGAUUCUCGACAGCAUGAUGGGAGCGGCCCGCAGAUCCGAGAAGCGAUCCAGAAGCACAAUGUAGACCUAGCCGUUCUGACGGAGGCUUUUGUGUGCCUCAACCACCUCCACGAGUUCCUCCUCAAAGCCUACCCGUUCAGCGACCCCGUAGGGACUUGCCCCAGUGCCAGCGGCAUCGAAUCUGACCUCGACGCAGCCGUCGACUUACGCGGCCCUCAGACGUCAUGGAGACCUUCGCUCGUGGAGCAAAACAGCUUCGCUAUUCAGGAGGGGAUGUUGCUCCGUGACAAAAGGGAGACUGUCGCCAGGAGGACGAUGGACGCAAGGUUGGCCAACGAAGCGCUGGCAGCUGCUAAGCCCACUGUCACUCUUCUGCUGCGCAGCCUGAUCCCGUCAGUUCUUUGCGUGGUGAAUGCAUGCCCACAUGCCUUUUCUGACUCUGCCCUGAGACAGUCAAUUUUAACCCUGGGCGAACUGGUGAGGGUCGAUUGUUGGACUGGCGGUUGUUCAGGAAGACAGAUAUCGCUGGCCGGGUCCCCACAGAAAACUGAAGGCGAGUUGAGCACUCGUCAUAACCCGCGAAGGAGUUCCGUUGCGGACAGCGAAUUACCUUCUUCACGCAGGAAGCCCACAUACUUCACCAGUGGUGGGGUGUCCGAUCUCACAGCAUCGAUUUUCCUGACGCAUCGCAUGCAGCCGUCGGUGCGUUCCCUUGCCUCCUGGCUCCUUCGCGCUCUACAACAGGCUGCCGUGAUUUUGUCGUCAGUCCCCGCCGCGAUUCCCGGUUCGGUUCCACUGCCUUCAUUCAGCAGCGGGCAGCCACACAGCAUUGACUUCGCAAUGCAGACUGCCGAGGCUUUCGCGCAUUCCGCACCUACCUUGCCGUCAUUGCUUUCCUUUCUUCGUCGCGUGAGCAGGCCAGCGAUAGGCGGGGAUGCCCGCGGAGGCAAGGAUGUCCCGGAAAACGGUCGCGGGGAGGCCUCUCGAACUGCUUGCACUUCCGCACACGACCUUUUCUCUACUCCGACGCCGCGUUUCCUCAAGUACGCAGUAUCCUUUGGUGCCCUCCUGAGAGCGGCUGGCACCUGCUACGAACAGGGGCAGGUAAUCCGUGCAAGAAACAUUGAACGGCAGCUCCUCUGGUAUUUGCUGCUGGCGCAAUCUCGGGACCAGGACGGAGUCAGUGGACACAGUCAGGUGCUUGAGUCGACCGUAGAUAGCCAGAUCCUGGUAACAACGGGCGUGAAUACCUCCCGGUGGUCUGAAGGCGGUUGCUCUGCUGUCACGCGAAUCACACGACUUCACACGAGGCUCGCUGUUCUACAGCAUGCGUUCCUUGUUUGGCGGGCGGGAGCACUAGCUUUGGCAGGUGAAUGUGGGAAAGCGUUUGGUGACGGCGAGAAAGCGGCUGCCGAAGAGCAGAAUGCAAAUGCAUCAUCAGGGGCACGCACAGCUUCGGUCAUAUGCCUCACAGAGGAGCUUGUUGAGCAUCUCCAACUUGUUGCGCCCUUGUUCUUCACCUCCACGGGCUGCGGGGCGUCGGUAACAACAUCACGAGGAACUGACGCGCCGCAGGGCACCACUGAGGCGGGCAACGACGGAGAACGACAGAACAUGGACUUCAGAAAAUGUUUUCCGCCUGCCUUAGUGGAAGCGUCGUCGGCGUUUGUUGCCUUCUGCUGGGAAGGCGAAUCGAAAGCCCCGUCCCAGAAGAGGCAGGUGCGCGGUGAGUCAAGAGCGGAGAGUUCCUUUACAGGCUCCGGACACAAACAGAUGCCCCAAGGAACAAUGUGCCUCGCGGACCAGACAGGACUGGGUCUGGAAGCGAUUUCAUGCACACUGUCUGCGUUGUUCGAUAUCGCGGCAUUCGCCGCUGAGGCCUCGUGCAUGCGCGGGGAUCAAUCACACAUGAUGGUUGAUGGCGUCAGUGGAUCGAAAUCUUGUAGCGAGGCAGAUGGAGACGAAACACACCGACAGUCUGCCAAGUUGCUGCAGGUGGGCCUCUUGCCUGCUCGGGCUCUGGUAACGGUUGCGGAUUUUGCCGGUCGGAUUUCCAACUUCCUCGAGGAUACCCACAGUCGCGGCACUUCCAUCAGUGGGGGCCCGACACUCGGACCUGAAAUAAAGUUUCCGGGAGACGAGGUCCGUGGUACGACUGGAGUGUCUUUUCCCGGGGCAGAUACCGGGCAUCUUCACCUCGCCCAUCUUGAGGUGGCGACCUCCGUGCCCGCCAUGUUAGACAGCGCGGCUUGGACAGGACACACCUUUGAAAUGUGCGCCGAGAUGCUGGAACACGCCACUAUUGCAGGCGCCCGGCACUUGGUAGCCGCGGCGCUUCGGCUCCGACGUCAGCUUCACUGGUUUGUGACGCAGAGAAACAAACAAGCGAUUUCCGGGAGAAAACGGGGCCUUCGUUGCCUGGAUGUGAAUGCCCAAGAGAAUGACGGGAACUUACCUGCACCGCGCAACGCCAGCUCCCAGGCGCUGGCGAUUAUCGAGCCACAAGGUACGGAGCCGCUGACUUAUGUAACGAAGGAGAAGGCGAGAUGGCUCACCCUUCUUGGAUUCUUCACGGCGCUGGCGUCAUCAACGUCGGCGAACAACGAGGAACAAGACUCUGAGGAUGCCGAGCAGAGUCUUGGCAGUUCAAGGUCGAGUGAGAGUAUGGAGGAGAGUAUUGAAAAGCCUGAGCACGGGCGCUGCUCGGCUGCAGCGUUGUGCAACAGGACGACAGAAUUGAUCAUGCGGAAGGUUGACACAUUCAAGCUGGGCUCUGUGGAACUGACGGACGCUGCUCGUCGGCAUCAAAAUCAAAGCAUGCUGGACGUACUUGACACAUCAAAGCAGCUCAGAUUGCUGGCAGUUGGGCCAAGGGCUUGCUCCGGUGCGGGUCAUUCGGGAAAUCCGGCUUCGACAUCCGUGAGCACUUCGACGGACGUACCACGAUGCGGGAAGCGGACGGAGGCAGUGUUGCCAGAGGAGCUGCUAGCAAAGAAUGCCAGAUGCUAUGCUGGUGCGACUGCUAAUCUGCUUGCUGCGCUGGUCGCCCCUUGUGAUACAGAGAGCGAACAAGGGCUGCCCACAGAUGGUUAUGAGGGCCGAUAUUGGCGGGGAGUUCUGGGAGUGUCAUUGGGCUUGUGGGGAGCGCACGCUGCGGUAGCGGGAUCAGCCAAGGCACUGAGGGAGCGUUGUUCGAUGCAGAAGCUGGCGGACGAGGUCAACAGAGACAUUCUGCAAGUAGGCGCUACUAUGGAAGCUUGGCGGCUCAUGGGAAUGUUUGUUGCUGGAGAGACUGUACCUCUGGAAGAAAAAUCAGCUCCGAGCACAUCGCCAAGCGACGUAUGCGGCGGGGACGCCUCGCCCCACGCUGCUGCGACGACCGCCUUGCGUCAGGAACGGCGCCGGAUGCAGCAUUUUAUUGCCGAAUUGCAUCAGAGGAUAAACAGCGCUGACUUAACGGAAGAAAUCUUUGAGGCUCCACACGACAUUUUGAGGUUGAUAGUGCAGAGUUGUUACCAUGAGGUGGAAAGUUCGUCCCGCCUGACUGCCCAGACUAACCGUGUGCGGGACGCCGCCGGAGAGGACGGCGUUUACACUGGAGAUAAGGAUUCACGAGUCACACCGAUGGAAGUUGACCACGUUGUCGGAUUGUGUGAGCGAAGUGAACAAGACAAAUGCGGAAGCCAUGCUGGCCAGAAUGAAGAAAAAAACGUCAUCUCAGCGUUCCGAGCAGCCGCAGCUGUACAUGAUCAGGAUACUGAAGCGAUGCAGAAGAAGGCAGAAACCUUUCUCCUUACUGCCUUGUCACCAGACACGCUCGCGACGAUGCCUUUCAAUUUCCUAGAACCCUUUUUGGUUCCGGAUGGGCCUAGCGGAUCGACCCUGUCCGCGUCGAGCACACGCUCCCCAAUGCAGCUUCCCUCGGUUGACGGUCUUCGUUCUUUCAUGUCUGCCGUUGGGGGGCUCAGUUCAACUUGCCUGUCUUUCAUCGCGUCUCUACGGUCCAAGCAUCCGGUUCAGCACCUCACUGCUCGACUUGCGUUUUCCCUCUUCUUCUUCCUUCACGGUCUUCAGGAGGUUGCCUUAACGACUGUUUUGCUGCGUGUCACGGGAUCGUCUCCUCUUAAGCGAUUGACGCCUUGUCCUGUCUCCACCGCACACACUGAAGGGACCCCUUGUGACCGUGACGAGGAUGAGGCUGGCGAGAAGCGAACUGUUUCUAAGCUGACUGCGGGGAAUACGUCUAGGGAACAAUGGAGCGGCGCUGUGACUCCGUCGGCGCUCGGCGUUAAGCCUGUGGCGAUGACGCAUCGAUGCUGCGCAACGAUUGACUUUAGCGAACCAUCCUUACAGGUGGCAAAUGUCCGUUCCGACACACCGUUUCCAAUUCUGGUUCAGUGCGGAUCAGAUGCGAUUUAUGGUCCUAGCGUCCAUGAUGUUGUUUCUGGUGUAACCACCGCUUCUAAUUCUGAUGGCCUCAAUGGCGGGCUACAGGGGACGCAGGAGUCUUCAGGUGUUCGUGUGCUGCAGCAGGCAUUGUGGCUGGUGCACCAAGAGAGAGCAGCCGCAUAUAAUGGAGCCUUGGAUCAGUCUAUCGGCGAACUGGUGUGUGCUGACCUGGGAAGUAGAGACAGAGCUGUGCGCAAUCGGCACAUCUCCGGCGUAUCCCGUGUGUAUACCUACGUGGGCACACGACAUCGAGACGGCUCUACAGCAGCGCAGCGGCGCUGUCUCCUGAAGGCGCUAAGACAGAUUGCAGAUCACCAGAUAUCUCUGCGGCAUCGGGCACAAGAGGGAAACCCAGGCACAACGAGGGCAGAGGUGCUCUCUAAAUUAGCUGACCUUGUCGAGGACCGAUCCGCGGUGCCCGGCGGGACUCCCGCGACCAUUGCUGGAAGGCGGGCACUGCUAAAAGCUGCGCGACAACGUGCGAUUCUAGAGGAAGUCGAAGAGCUUUUCCCGUCAGGGGAGCAUGACGAACUCACAGACGCACUAAAUGAGGGCUCUAGCGAAGAAGUGAAGGAGGCAGAGAGCGAAGGCGGGACGCAGUACAUGCAAUGGUGCGACACGAGAGAGGCUCUGGAGACGAGCGAUGAAGAUCAGGGAGCUGAGCAGGAGGACAACAGCAAGCGUUUUGACGCUAGAGCCGCUGAGCUAUGGCAGCACCUGAUGGAAGUCGAGGGAGAGCGGAUUAGCCUUGUGGCCGAGGAGGGCUCGGGCCGCUCAGGAUUAGGCGGUGGACACGACACACUCAAGGGAAGUGACGGUGCAAAUCACGACCAAAGACUGCAUUCAGGGCGGACAGCAAUGAUCGGAGCUCUGUGUUUCUCGAUGCUUAGUCAACGUCCGACCACGUGUGCACCGAACACACCUUCCCCAGUUCUUUUUACGCUAAAUUCACAAACCGGGGAACCCUUGCAAGGUGUCCACAUUCCUGCGGAACUGGACGUGGAAUCUGGGCCGUCCCUGCUCGCCCUCAUUCUCCAGGUCGCCUCGCUGCUUCUACCAUCUUCUCCGUGUGAGCUCGAGCGCGAAGAACGGAAACUGCAGGAACUUCUUCAUGACGACCUUUUGGAGGAACAUGGUGAGUUUGACAAGGACCUCGCCGCGGAGGAACAAAAAAUGCAAGAGAACAAGGAUUCGGCGCAGCAGGCAGCGGCUCCCAAAGGGGAUGCAGAAGGCGACAGCAGUCAAGGAUCUGAGGCAACCCUCACCCCGGAAGCUGCCGAGAGACAGCUGGCGCUGGAGCGGCGCCAACGGGAACGCGAACGGGCGCGAAAAGUGCGUUUUUCACAGCUUAUUUCGGGUGGCUGUUCAUGGGGCGCGAAGAAAGGCCUUCUAGGCGAAGCGUCGGCGGCAUGCUCAUUCUACGCGUCUGGGAAUCCCAGUCUCCUUCGUGCUCUGUGGCCAGCUAUAGAGAGGCUGGACUCUAUUGCGCGGGUUUUCCUCCAUGCCGUCGAAGAACACCCUGCUCUUGAAUCUGUCCUGGCACUGGUUGAAAAGAUCGCGAACCUCUCACUUCUGCGAACGCCUCCUGCUGUAGCUGUAAGCAUGCUCGAGGGCCUCCUGGAUCGAGCGGAGACCUGGAGACAGUCAAUUGAUCCUUACCACAUAGCCAUGCUGAUUGAGCAAAAAUGUGCGGAUUGGAAGCUGCAAGGCAUUCCGGAGACUGAAACAGAAGUGAGAGAGGGACCAGCAAAAGAGGCGAGGAGCGACGGAUCACUCGAUGCGUCUGCGGGUGCAAGAGAUCAAAGUGACUCGCAGCAGGCCGCGGCGUCUGGGAGAGCCGAAGUUCCCUCGAAACUCUUGGUGUCGCGAUUGCUGUUCCGAAGAUGGGAGGCAGCUGUGGCAGCAGUACAGAGACAAGUGGUGCUGCUGCGUCGGCGCCAACUGCAGGAGUGGCGUUUUUUGCGCGAGUUCCGGGAACAGAAGGAAAGCCACGUGGCAAUUCAGUGGAUGCCGUUUUUAUGGUGUGCGGAAACAACACCCGGUGCUUCAGGACCGACGCCAAGCGAGUCGGAAGCCAGGGACGACGCUCAUGCGGAGGAUCCACAGGGUGGAUCCCCAGCAACCCUUGCAGCACAAAUUCUUCAACAAAAUGCGGGUGCAGGCGCACUCCUUGAACUUCUUCUCCAGUUUCUUCGUUCUUCAUCGCUCGGCCAAUGGGAGACUCGCGUGAAAAUGCUCGAGGUUUGCGGGGCCAUGCGCAGGGAACUGUGCUUACUACCAAACAGCGAUCUCCGGAAACAUCGCCCUGGACGAAUGUCUGCAUCUGAAGGAGAGCUAGGCAGCAAUGACGUUCGAUCGCAUUCCCACGGCUACUCAGAGAGGAGUGAAGCUGGCAGAACCGUAACAGAAUGUGAAACCGACAAGUCUAAGGAGAUGACUUCCGGGGCGCUUCUGCAGCAUCUUGCACGGUUCACUGUAGCGUCAGGGUGGACAGCUGCAGUGGAGGGGGAACUCCGACGAGCGCGAAAAGAAAUGGAUCGAAGAGUCCACGAACUAGUCAAGCUCACGCGCUGGGAUAUCAACAACCGCGUGGCUAUGAAGGAGUCGAUUCACCGGACGCACUACGAACUUCGAAAGGCGAUCAAAAAGUUUGAGGAAACGAUUGUUCUGGCGGCGGGUCCAACAGUGUUGGCGACGCCUGCCGCUGCAAACGUUCUCAACCGAAUUGUGACGGCGGUUUUGAAUCAACCGCUGCAGACUGUACUCACUCCUCGAAGCUACACCGAUGAGGUGGAGUCGCCUGCAGAACUUUCUUCUCGUCUCGGGGCUGCACUCGCGGACGUGGUUCGCGCCGCGCCGCUGUUCUCUGACACAUUCCAGACCGAUGCGUUCACACAGAGCGGUCCCGAUCCGGCCGUUCCCACGUCACAAUCUUUCAAGUGCCCAUCGCUUUCAUUGGACCCUUUCAUCGGUCAUCUGUUCGGCGGCGCGAUGCCGCUAGAUACGACGAUGACGGAUCUCGCGGGCGAGUUUUCAGCUAUGUCAUCCGACUUUUCUCGAGCUCGAGACAGCGUUAAAGCUGCUGAUGCAGGUGCAGAUCCAUCCAUGAAUCAGAGUGAAGAAGGAGCUGCACGCGCCGGGGAGCCAUCCAUUAGUCGACAGCAACUGCAGCGAAUGUACUUGACGUUCAAACAGUCUCUACAGUCUACGUUGAAGGUGCCUGUGUUGAGAACGGCGGCAAGUUCGUCGCUUGUCGUACUCGCUCUCUCCGACGAGACAGGGCUUCCAUCAGCGUUUCCACAUCCGCUAACGAGCGGCUGCUUCCUAGAAGCUCUAGAUCCGACCUCUCGUGCUGGCUCUCGUCUCACCUCAUCCAAGCCGCCGAGUGAUGCCAGUCCGCCUUCCUCACUCGGCGGAGGCAGUGCGCAGGAGCAUCGAAACUUUUCUGUGACUUUGCUUCCUAGUCUCCUGGUCCCGAUCUGGAAGUCGGCUUCCAGGCACUGGUAUCCGCAGUUACAGCUCUUCUGGCAACUCCUGCAGUCGAGUCCUCACCGGGAUGUGGUGCAGGACCGGUCGCUUCUCCUAGGUCUGUUGGCCUCACUGCUGCUUCAACAAACGCAACAGCGGCGCCGUUGCUGGACAGCCACAGCGGAUCUGCAGCGGGCGAUCGACUGCCUCGAGGUCAGCUGUACAGGCCCGUCAGUGGCCCUCACCGUAGAGGCCUUCGAACGCCUUCUCGAAGCAGUGGAACGCACCAGAGAGGCGCUAGAACAGUGCAGACUGAUUCUUUUUUCUCCCGAGGAGGCGGGGCGCUACUGGGACUGUGCUCCGACUUCCAGAACAGGGGACAGCGAGAAUCGAGGAGAGACAGGAGGCGGGGCGACGGAACAAGCGACUCAAGCGCAUGCUCUGAGGAGGAAGAACAAAGGAUCCAUAGCCUCGAACGAUCAUCACGGACGACAACAGUGGGAAGCGGUGGAUGAGAAUGCCAUCGCGACAGUUGAUGGACCGACAGAGAGGGUAGAGUGGGAGGCGGAGCACCGCCGAAUUCAGGAGGCGCAUGCUCUUCUCCAGGAUUGUGCGGACUCAGUAAGGCACACACAGCAACUCCUCUUGCAGUCACCUGAAUGGAGGAUAGCUCGAUACAUGGCUGGGAGAAGUACUGGCAAUGACUCGCUUCGGUCCUGCUACGCAGCCUCUCUGGAGCCGUCUGAGAGCUUGCACGGAGCUGUGCGUGUCCGCGUGUCUGUGUUGCGAGAGUUGCGCCAACGUUGCGUUGCCACGGAGCAGCGCCUCCUUCAUGACGCAGCCAACACCGCUCUCGCGGCUGAACUGCCAUCUGUCGCUUUGAGCAGCCUGGUUGAUUGUCUCAAACAACAACGAGCCUGGAUUGAAGCUCCGCUCCUCGCGUACGACACCCACGCAGAGGCCUGCGUUCCCUACGAGCUCGAUGCAUGCAGUGCUCUGAUGGAGCGCCUCGAGGGAGUUCUGGGAGCUGCGAAUUCCAGAGACUGUGCCACUGUGGACACAUCCCUGUUUGGAAGCGCGUCGGUGUCGGCCGGUGCCUCGGCGGACUCGUCGGAAUCCGGUGAUGCAUCGUCCCAGACUCAUCCUGUCCUUGAGCGUUUCCCCGUGCCUUCUUUAGAGGAAGCCUUUCCUUUCGAAGAACUCGCUUCCGCUCUACAGGCUUUCUCGCUCGAUCUGCCCCCCGUAUCGUCGCUCGGAGCCCUCUGCACAGCGUCGGGAGGCGGUGCAGACAAAGACCGCGUGGCAGCCAUGAAAAUGGCGCGCCAAGCUGUCUUGAGGGGAAUCGCUGUCGUCCUGGUCGCCUUUGAUUGCUUGGAGGGGACGAGCCGCAUCGGCCUCGCUGCGGCGCAACAAAUACAGCUUCUCAUGGAGCACGGCUUAGGAAAUGCUGAGGUCAAGGGCGAGGCAGAAAACGCGACAAAUGGACAGGGGGACGAAUGGGUUGCGGGCACAGGCCUCGGCAACGGCACAGGCGAGAAGGAUGUGACCGAUCAACUGGAAGACGAGUGGCAGUUCGACGGCGAGAGGGGCCAGGGUGACGAACAGCCUGACUCCAAUGAGCAAGGCGACAAACAAGACAAGGAUGACGCCAUGGAAGUCUCUUUCGACUUUGACGGAGCGGCGACUGCGAAACCUCGCGAAGAUGACAAACGCGAUGGCAAGCAGAAGGGCGAAGAGGAGCAGGAAGAUGCUGAAAUGAAGGAAGGAAGCGUGGAUUUAGAUGAAGGAGGCCAGCUCGAGAACAAGCGGUGGGAAGGGAAAGGCAGUGACGAGGAUGAUAAUGACGAUGAGUCAACAAGCAACGAGCGCAAGAAGAAAAAGAGUGAACAAAUUGAGGCAGAAGGCGGGGAAAAUCAGGGAGAAACUGAACUUCAAGCGGCAGACGCGACACCAGAUGGACUGCAAAAGAAAGGUCCCGAGAAUAAGGAAGAUGGCAAGAAAGACGAUCCGCUGGACGAGGGAGCAGACGAGCAGGAGGCACCUUCGAGCGGCGCAGACCAAACAGAGGAAGGAGAAGAGGAGAAGCAAGAUUUCAAGGUCAAGAUCGAAAGCGGCAAGGAUGACAAGGAGGAUGAGGAGGCUAGUGACCAGGAGGGAGUUAACGAGGCCGAGCACCCUCAGAAAUCCGAAGAGCAGGGUACAGGUGAAGAGAAGGUCAUUGAGGAAGAUGGUCUGGACGAGAAGGCAGACGACGCAGAGAGCGGCGACGACGACACAUCGGAACAACAAACGGAAAAGAACCACCGCGGGGGAGAGGCCCAAGGCGACGCUGAUCAGACGGAAGACCUAGAUGUCGAUGCGGACCUGAUUUGCGACGAGGGAGAGGAGUCCGGUGGUGAAGGAGCCGAGCCUGAGGACUGCGAAGAUGCUGACGAUGCCGAGGGUGGAGAGUCUCAGGCGCAGACGAGCAAAAACGACCAAGAACAGCCGAGCCAUGACGAGCCGGAGGCCGAAUCAGGCGAUGCAGGAAACGAAGAGACAGAAGAGCAUGUAUCAGAUGCAGGAGAGGAAGAACGCGCGGAUAAGCAAGAUCCCCAUCACCAGGGUCACCUGGCACCUGAGGGUCUCCAGACUGAUGAGGAGCCUGAAAGAGAAGCCGAGCAGUCAAAACCCACACCGCGACCGACGCAGGAGGCAGCAUUCGGAGUCGAGGGGCAGGAUAGCGCUGUGCACCAGUCUAAGGCUUCCGAGGUGCCGGCGUCCCAGUGCGCGGAUGCAGCCUCGACUUCCGCUGCUGGAGCCGAGAAGGACACAGACACUUUGCAGACAGCGAGCACUUCCAAGAAGGCCGACACAUCGCAGUCGCCGUCUCUCGAGCAUCCGUCGUUGCCAGCAAAUCCGUUAGAAGGCGGCAGCAAGGCAAUCCAUAGGUGGCUUGAGCGAGUGAGACUCGCCGAGCAACAAGACACCACAGGCGAGGAUCCCGGCUUAGAAGAGGGUGAUAACGAAGAUGCCAUGAAGGCGGGUCGUGAGGACGACGCGCAGGAACCAAUACGAGCUGAGAAGGGUGCACUCUGUGAAAAGGAUGACGAAGGCGACAUGGAGGGCUUGGCCGAAAGUACCAACUUGCAGGAGAGCGUCUCGAAGCAAAGCCGCAGGGAGCAACAGAAUGGAGACGUCGGGGAGGACCAGGCUGAUGAAGGUGUUGGGGACGACUCCUUGACACAAAAACCGGCAGCACCAGGCGACACCGAGCCCUCGGCUACGCGGAAGGCACCUGGCACCGUCCCACCGGGUUCAGAGCAUCCCGAGAACGAAGACGGACCUAAAAGGGAACAUAAAGAUGAUUCAGUUAAAGACAACAGACAAGAGGAGCGCCAGGACGAUCUAUCCUCUCAACCGAUUCUUGAGGAGCUUAGGCCGAGGAGCGACGGGGAUGGCGAACCUCCGGUGGCUCAGUCGCAGCCAGUUCAAGAAAGCCACGAGCAGGUCGAGGGGGAUGCUGCUGGAGACGAACAGGAAGAGGAAGAAAUUAUGGACGAGGAAAGCGGUGAUGCAGAUGAAAAGGAACUGAAGGAUAUCCGGAAGAAACUAACCGAUGAAGAGGCACAGGAGCUCUGGCAACUCCACAAGACAGCCACUGCCCCAGCAGCAGCCGCUCUCUGCGAGGCCCUCAGACUGGCUCUCGAACCGACACAUGCGGGAGGCUGGGAAGGAGGGUAUCGUUCAGGGAAAAAGCUGCAUAUGCGAAGGGUUCUCGCAUUCAUUGCCAGUGAAUACCAGCAAGACAAGAUUUGGCUACGACGCCGGAAGAAGACCAAACGCAACUACCGGAUCGUCGUUGCGGGCGACAAUUCGCGAAGCAUGAUGGAAGGACGCGUUGCACGAAAAGCACUUGAAGCUCUCGCGACACUGUGCAGUGCCUUCAGCCUUCUUCAGGUCGGCCAGAUCGGCGUGUGCGCUUUUGGCGGCAAAACGCCGGAGGUUGUUGUGCCUCUCUCAACUGAAGUGGGAGGUGCCGAUGGCUCGCGGAUCGCCCAAACUUUCACGUUUAUGGAAGAAGCGAAAGACAGCCAUGACCGAGCAGUGGUUGAUGUUCUCAAGCUCGCUGUGAAUUUGCUGGAAGGCGAGAACGGAGGAGACAGCGGUGACGGUUCUCUCAGCAUGAUUUUGAUUUUAACGGAUGGCCGAUUCAACAAAGCAUAUGCAGCGAAGUGGGUAAAUAUAGCUAUCUCGAGAGGAUACAUCCCGCUGGUCUUGAUCAUUGAUAACCCAGCUGCCCCGCCGGCACCCGGCGACUUUACAGACAGCGGCAUGAAAUUUGAAGGGAGAGAUGAAUCGGCGCGAAGCAGACGAGGAGAGCGAAACACAAGCAUCUACGACAUGAAGCAAGUCAUUCAGGAGGGGACUGACAUUCGCGUCGUGCCUUGGCUAGAGGACUUCCCAUUUCCAUUUUACGCCGUUGUCCAGGAUGUGCGACUUCUGCCGGCAGUGCUUGGUGACAUCGUCCGGCAGUGGGUGGAGGCGACAGCUCGCCCUGGGUGA